AUGUCUUCUACAGCCGAAACCUACCAACCACAAGAUGCCAUCUCUUCCACAAUCAAGACCACACUCAUGACAGGUGCUGUCGGACUCUUCGCCUCGUCUGUUCAGAACACCCUUCAAAAACGAAACUACGGCCCCUGGGGCGUUAUCACAAGAACAGGCGGCACAAUUGCUUUAUUCGCCUCGGUGGGCGGUGCGUAUCAAUUCGCGAGGGUAGCGGCAGCGAAUCUAAGGGAGAAAGAGGACCACUGGAAUGCUGCGUGGGGAGGACUUUUCGGCGGAGCAGCUAUUGGAUUGCGCGCCCGAACAUUCCCCGCAGUUCUUGGUUACGGCGUGAUUGUGGCCAUGGCCCUCAGUGUAUUUGAGUUUACUGGAGGAAGUCUUGCUGGCAAAGGACAUGCCACCGAGGAAGAUGAAUUUGACAGGCGGGAAAGGCUCAGGAAAAAUUUCCGAUCCCCAAUCGAGGAGACAAUUGCCCAACUUGGUGAAGGCAGAGGUAUCCGGGGUGAGAACUACGAGGAACGAAGGCGGCAGAGGAUAAAGGAGAAGUACGGCAUUGACGUGCCUGCCACAGCACAGCCCGCUGGAGCAUAA